CAACCACCAGUACGACGGAAUAGGAAGGCUUCAAGUGUUCCACAAAGGAAUCCUCUGCAACUGGUACAAAAAGAGAUAGCCAUCCUCAAGAAACUGAACCAUCCGAAUGUGGUGAAAUUGGUUGAACUUCUCUUCACAUUAGUGGUUUAUGCAGAAGUAGUAGCAGCAACACAAGGUCAUAUAUUUCAGGUGCUUGACGAUCCGCACGAUAACUACCUUUAUAUGGUGUUCGAGCUGGUUGAGAGAGGGUUUGUGCUUCAUUGUUUGCUAAGCGUUCGUUCAGAAGAGACUUACUUGCCUUCUUGGUGCUAA